AUGGCGACUUCGAAGAGGCCGCCAGAUGAUGAUUCUAAAUUACCAACCUAUAAAUUAGUAGUUAUUGGUGAAGGUGGUGUUGGAAAAUCUUCAUUAACGAUACAAUUUUUUCAGAAGCAGUUCGUUGACUAUUACGAUCCGACUAUAGAAGACCAAUAUAUUAUCCAUGUCGAAGUUGAUGGUCAGUGGGUUAUUAUGGAUGUGCUAGACACCGCUGGUCAAGAAGAAUUUUCGGCUAUGCGUGAACAGUACAUGCGCAAUGGUCGUGGUUUUUUGUUGGUGUAUUCAGUAACUGAUGUUCGUAGUUUUGAAGAAGCUCCAAAGCUUUUUGAACAAGUAUUGCGCGUGAAGGAUAAAACGGAGUACCCAAUAUUAUUAGUUGCAAAUAAAAUUGAUUUGGUCAAUCAGCGGAAAGUUACAGAGCAGCAAGGACGAGAACUAGCUGAUAGACUUAAAGUUCCAUAUAUAGAAACAUCUGCCAAAGAUCCACCCGUAAAUGUAGAUGCUGCAUUUCAUGAAUUAGUACGUAUUGUGAAAAGUUUCCCUAGUGAUGAGGAUAACGACAUAGUAAGUAUUCUUCACGCUUUUUUUUCGAUAGAUUUCUUGAAUGGACACGUUUUUUCUUAA